GUCGACGCAGCCAAUCGAACCCCGCCGCGUUACAGCAGUCGAAAGGAAACUAAAGUGAGAUAUCUCUCCAUGGCGACGACUUCCACGGGGCCGCGGUCCCCGCUGUCCCCCACUGACCUCGUGGUGAGCCCCAUGGAGGACAUGAACGUGCUCCAGUUGAUGCAGGAGGUGCAGGCGGCGGCAAGCAAGGCGGACGGGGCGGAGGAGAGCAAGGCCGAAGCCAAGAAGAGGCGCCACCGGGAGAACAUGGCCAGAGGCAGGUCCCGCCACAACGCGCUCAUGGCCAACAUGAGGAAGCAGUACCAGCAUCUGCACGAGAAGCUCGAGACGGGCAUGGUGGCGUGGCGGAGGCGCCGUGCAGCUACGUCGUCGUCUGCUGACGCAGCAGCUUCAGGGCCUGAUGGGGACGAGGACGGCGGCUACACGUCGGCGUCCUCCAGCUCCACGACGGCCACCGUGGGGAUGAACCGGACGGAGCUCAUGGCUCAGUACAUUGAGGCUGUGGCGACCGAGAACGCCAUCCACAAGGAGAACGAGGCACUGGCCCACAGACUGGAGCAGAUGGCCAUCUUCGAGACCACGCUGCGGGUCGACACGCCCGAGGAGGUGGACCCGAACCUGCUCAAGGUCGACACGGAGCUCCCUGCGUGCACCGUGAAGGCUCUGAACCGACCGGGCUACUGGUCCUACUUCGCAGAGGACACGGAGCCGUUCUACUACGAGCCGAUGGCCGCUGCGACGUGCUACAACUUGAUUCGGGAGAAGUACCAGACGAUGAAGGCCCACCACGCCAUGUUCAUGAAGCGGCACCUGAUCGAGCAGCCCGUGCAGUUCUUCGGCUGGACAGUGCAGCGCUAUCUCAGUGACAGGCGCAAGAUCGAGUUUCACUUUACCAAGCGCAUCCCGUGUACAGACAGCGUGGCGCUCGCGGAGGCGCUGGCUAUCGACGGCUGGCGCAUUUUCAACGACCCGGAGAUGUACCGGAGCUGCUACCGCUCGCCUAUUGACGUGCGGGUACUGCAGCGCGUGGACGCUUUCAACACCGUCCUCAUUCGCAACUCUCCGGACGCGAACCGCUCGCAUCGCUUCCGGCAUCUCAACAUCUCGUCCAAGGUCGCGGACGAAGACGAGGACGGCCACAAGUCGCUGUCCAUCCUGACGCUGGUGGUGCCGCCCCCGGACGACUUGGCCAACACCAACAGGAACGGCGUCGUGUACCUGCGCGACGCGUACACGUACAUGCGCUUCGACAUGUUCGAAGACCACGUUCAGUUCACGUACGGCGGCCACGGAGACUGCCUCAAUGAGGCCCAAGCCAGGUACCUCUUCGUCGAGACUGGCAACGUGCUCUUCCGCUUCGAGCAAAUGAUCCGCCGGUCGAAUCUCGUCACAUUGGGGUGA